CUUGUUAACGUGACAUCAACUACGGCCAUGUUCGUCUGGAAGAGGCAGACGGACGACAGAAAACCAGAAGGUUAUACGAUUAAGUAUUGGACCAGUGGAGCCCGGGACUAUAAGUUUUUGAACAUAUCUGGAGUCAACAUUUCCAGCGCGUUCAUCGCUGGUCUGAGUCCUGGCACUGACUACUACUUCACCAUCCAGGGUUACAACACUCACGGAAAAUCGCAAUUCUCCUCUCCCCCUACGCUGGUUAUGACACUCCUGGGCGCUGCAGAAAGCGCCAUCAGCAGCAGCACAAGCAACGGAUUGGGUGGCGACGAUGCUAACUCGAAAGUACCAAGGCUCAUCCUGUUUAUCAUGACCCUGGCUGGCACUGCCUUGCUGGCACUCAACAUGGCCAUCAUCGCUUGCUUCGUCAGGAGGAGGUCUCAUAUGAAUAACAACAGAGGCGUUUCGGCAUCCUCCAGCAAGACCACGACUCUGGAGGUCUUCACGCCGGCCACGACGCCAGGGGUCAAUGCCCAGGGUGAGGAAAUGCCCCUGAACGACCCCAUCGACUUUCAACAUUCAAUGGCUCAGAAAAACGAAAUCCAGACCAGCGUGGGCGAAGGCGAAUUCACGAACCUGUACAGCGGCGGAACGGCAGGAGACCACCUGCUGGUGGCCCUGGGCAACGAGGACUCCCCGAACAACAUCAACGCCACCGGAAGCAAGGGGGGCGGGAGGUCUCUGGCCCAGAACGGCGGCCUGUACCUGCAGAAGUUCAGGGAAACCGGCGCUGCUUACUACUACUGCCCUUUGCCCCAGUCGAACUACGCCGUCGGGGAUAGCAACAUCACAGGGCGUCUCGGGAACACUCCAGACGUCUGCCCGACGGAUUCCAGCCUCCUGAGCACCCAGUCGAAGAAGAAGCAAGGGCAUGAGUCUGACGAGAUGACGACCCAGCUGAUCCCAGAGGGGGGUCAGAGCGGUGGCGGGAACAACGGCGGCAAGCCUACGCUACUGACGGCGGGGUCGUCCGGGAUGAGCAACAAUGACGCCUCUCACGAAAGCAGCGGUAGUGCCGGCAGUGGCAGCCAGGCCAACCACCACCACCACCACAGCCAUCACAAGAAGACGCCCUCUCUGACUGACAAGCAUCCUCAGCCACAGCAUCAACAGCAGCAGCAGCAGCAGCAAGACCACCUCCGUCAGCAGCAUCAACAGGCUCCUCCUCAACAACACCAGAUGCAGCAACAACACCAGAUGCAGCAGCUGCAGCAGAUGCAGCAUCAACAACAGCUACAACAGCAGCAGCAACUCCAGCAGGCACAGCAACAGAAACAACAGCAACAACAACAGCAACAGGCACAAAGGCCACAGCACGACUGGACUCCUUACGACCAGAUAAGGGCAGCUGGUCAAGACGUCUCUCAGCUGUAUCACCAACAGCAGCAGCAGCAGGCGGCGGGUGACCACCAAUCAGCUGCACACAGGCGCCUCCUUCAGCAAAUUGACGGUCCUGACCUGUACAAGUUCAAUGAGGAUGUGGCCACACCACUGGGCUACGCCACGGUAGCCCCCAGGCGCCCCCGACCACUGCCCAACCGGUUUUCAACUCUCCAACGACCCAGACCAACGAUAUCGAACAACCCAGCAGCGAUACUUCAGCAGCAGCAGCAGCAACAUCCUUCUGACUGUAACCACUCGACCCCCAACUGCCCUCACAACCGCCAGAUGCAGAACCUGAACCAGAGCUUCAGCAGCGAGUCUCCUAACCGAAGCCUCCACCAUCCUCCCAGACACCAACUGGUCCGCUCCUUCAGUGAAAACUACGCUUUGGUCAGCCACGCCGGUGGAGGACUCCAAGGGCUAGACCUAGGCGCCCUCAUUCCGGGUUACAACGAGCAGCCGGUCUUGACGGAGGUCCAGUCUCUGGUGCCCGGCGAUAACUUGACCACCACCUCAACUACUUCUUCCUCGUCCUCCGCAGCCAACGUGCCCAGGACGCUAGCGAAUGAGGGCACUGUGAUGGCCAUCAGACGGGCUCAACCUCCGCACGGUUUCCACAAAGUUGCCAAUGCUUCCCCCAGAGAUAUGUUCGAAGGGAGCACCUUCAACUAACUCCUAGUUAGCUUCCGAUCAAGUCUCAACUGAUAAUCAAGUGAAGAGACACCCGCAGAUGCCAGCAAACCCGUCUACGUCGUUUGUAAAAUUAUGGAAAUGCAAGGAUAGGCCUACUAAACGCAUCAUACUCGGCGGAUCUCGGAAUCAACGGAGUCAGCAAUUCCUCGUGGAACCAUUUGAAGCUCCGACAAGAACAAUAAAUCAAUAACUCAAUUAAAUGAAACAUAGUAAACAUUACCACUUUUUUAUAUGUAGAUAUAUAAGGACAUAAGCAUCAAAAUAUAAGAUAAGAAGCAUCAAAUAUUUGAACAUGAAUAUCAAAAGAAAACGCAUAGCAAUCUACUUCCCUUAAUUCCUCUUUCUCUCUCUCUCUCUCUCUCUCUCUCUCUCUCUCUCUCUCUCUAUGAAGUAAUUCACUUACUGCUUAUGGGUGGUCCUCGAUCUACAGUUAAAAUAGCAUCAACUACCAUCUUUAUAUGAAAUCCUCUCUCUCUCUCUCUCUCUCUCUCUCUCUCUCUCUCUCUCUCUCUCUUUCUGCUGUUUACAUAACAUAGCUUGAUUCCUACUUCUCGCUUUUAUUUUCCAUUCUUUUUAGCAAAGCAAUCAUCGACUUUAUUUAAGGACAAAUGUAUAUACUGAAGAUAGAAAAAAUAUAUAUAUAUAAAUCGAUGCUAACUCGUUGCAAUUGUCGAAAACAUUGACAACUGCCAUUGUACAUUUCUCUGUAAAUGAUCACCGUUUUUGUACGUUUUCUGUACAGAAAUCAUACGGCGUUUGUAUAUCAAUCAGCAUGUCUACACGAUAAUCACUUGUCAGCGUUGAAGUGUGUGUAUGUAAAUGAAUUAUCUGUAUUUUUGUAUGUCAGUUUAGGUAUACAAAUAAAUUGAAUAAGAUG